AUGAAUGUUGUUAGAUCGUACCUCGACAUCAUGAAAGAUGUUCCUGUUCUUUCAUCCAGCAACGAAUUGGACAAAGUUGUCUUGAAAGCAUCCAAUAACUAUGUGAUAGCUUUUGCACUCACCUCCUUAAAUGAAAAGGAACUGUACCUUUCAGACUUGGAGAAUUACCUGAAGGCACAAUCUUGUAACAAUGGAGAGCAAAUAAGUUAUGAUCAAAACUCCUCAAAGAAGACAGAUAAAUGGUUUUCAUCAGGAGAUGCAACUGUAUUGACCAGGGAAACCAUACAGGCCUUUCUAGAUUUUAAAGAAGCCAAUAAAGGAAGAACGAACAUUGAAUUUUGCAUUGCAUCAAUCCCAGAUGAACUCAGCACUGCCUCUUCAAUUCAUGUUUAUGAAAGAGGGAGACUCAUCAGCUCACAGUAUGAGCUUCCCUCAAAACCACCAACGCCAGUUUUCUUGAGUGCUGAGCAUGACUGCAUACAUCUGCAAAUCAAACCUCCUGACCGCGGUGUUAGCUGUGUGGACUCGUACUGUAUUUCAUAUCAGUCUGCACAAAGCUCUGAAUGGACAGAGAUGUAUACUGAUGGGGUUUCUGAUCAGGUCACUGUCAAGCAGUUAAAACCACAGAAAGAGUAUUGUUUUACCUGCAAGGCUGUGUGUCGUCCAGGAGUAAGUCUGACAAGUGACACAACAUCAUUCUUCAGGACUCGUCCAUGUGCUCCUCCUGGAGCACCUACAGUAAAACAAGCAGAAUCUGAGUCUGCAACUGUAGUCUGGGAUGUUCCUACAUCUGUGGGUGAGGAUGUUCUGGUCACAGGAUACGUGUUGGAGUUCAGAGAAUGCACAAAGGAUCAGGAAAAUGAAAAGCCUUGGAAGUCUGUGAAAUCUACAAACAGGGAGUGCACUCUUCAGGGACUGAAACAAGACACAAUUUACACAGUCAGAGUUUUUGCAAGCUGUGGAAAUGAUGGAAUGAGUCUCCCCAGUCCUGAAACUGUGUUUUCGGCCAGUUUUAAGGGUAAAGAAACAAAUAAGGAUGGGAGUGCUUUGUUCUUGAAUCAAUCUUCACGAAUAAAAAGGGGUAAUCCAUCAAUCCAUUCACUGAUACUACACCAAAAAAUGGCAGAGAAUGUGCAGGAAAAACCACGCUCAUCAAUGUGAUGGCCAAUUACAUACUGGGCGUAAAGUGGCAGGAUGCAUAUCGCUUCAAACUAAUCAAUGAAGUGACCAAUCGCACACAAGCC